AUGCUCCGCUCUCCCCCGCUUUCGCUGUUCUUGCAUGGGGAGCGCUGCCCCUGCUCGUGGACAAGGACACCCCCAUCGACGUCGCCCCCGUCCGAGAAACGAAGCGCACCACCGCACUCCGCCCCCUACCAGCCUCCCGCUAGCGUGCCCCUCGCCUCCAAGAAAGUCGGUGCUCACCUCGAGAACGUCCUUCCCACAACCUUUACCGACGAAGACUCCCCGCUCCACCUCCCAGUCCCUUCGCCUCCCACCCGCCGCGCUGCGUUCGCGCUCGAAGCGUCCGCGGCGGGCGCGACCGUGCAGCUCGCCGACCAGGAUUACUUGGUGCAGUCAGCGGUGGGGGCGACGACAACAUGCGCUUCGGGCCCUCCCGCCGGUUCUUCAACCCCGGGUUCUCGUACGAGGUACGGUACUGCGCGCGCGCGCUCGGUCGCCUCCGCGAUCGGGAACCCCGCGUCCAUGGGGGAGCGGCAGCGCCGGGAGGUCGAGUGCGUGAAGCGGUGUCUGAACGUCGUCCACCAGUUCGCGCUGUGCGGCGCGGACGCGGGGCUGAAGCCGGCGUGGGUCGUCGGCGCGCGUGGGCAUUUCCGGUUGGUCGCGCUUGUGCGCUGCCUGAACUGA